AUGAAGCUUGCAAUAGCGUUAGCAACCACCUUAGUGUUGCAUGCAGACGUAGUUGUAACAGAUGACUCAACCGUGGAAGGAGCUCUGUCGGGGCCAGCGCUAGGCGCAUUAUGCGAUAUAGCACAUGAUCUCAAGCUUUCACCCAACAAGCUAAAACAACAAUUGCUCAGCAAAACGGAGCAGCUGUUGGACCUGAACCUCAAGCUGAGAAUCCUCGACACCUACGACACCUUCGACGACAACACCAAAGCGGCAAUACAAGCUUUACACACGAUUCUAACUAACGAAAUACUAAACCAUUGUAGCGAUUUCGAGGCAGCAGCAGGAAAAGAAGUAGUGGCAGCAGAAGCAGGUGCGUAUUGGGCUGGACACAUGGACGAGCUGGCACACGUAGCACACCAGCUUACGACAGACACAAGCGACACAGCGGGAACUAACUGCCUCUCGGCAACGAGCACAGGCGAUAACCAAGGAAACGGCAUCAAACACGACGCUCCACUAACGGCGGGCGGCCUAUAA